AGCAGGCAACAAGAGCACAAACAAGAGCAUAGAGGGGGAGCAGGAAGUAAGAGGCAAGUGGUCUUGGGCUCAGCCUUCGAUUGAAAGUCGGAGUAGCCAUGGGCAAUAAGAUAUCAACAAGUGAAACCUUGGAUAAAGAAGAUUUGGAAAAGAUUGAAGAACUAAAGAUGAUCUCCAACUUUUCGGACAAAGAGCUUAACAGAUUAAUACGAAUAUUCAAUCAGCUUGAUGCUGAUAAGAGCGGAACUGUUGGUACCCAGGAGCUUUUUCAGAUGAAAGAAUUCAGAGCUAACCCCUUCAUACACCGGAUAACAAAAGUCUCGCUGGGCAAAGAAGAUGAUGGCGACAACACCUCUCUGAGCAUCCAAGAAUUUGCGCAACUGAUGAGUGUGUUUAGUAUAAGAGCCACUCGCGAACAAAAACUGAGAUAUGCCUUCAAAAUAUAUGAUGUUGAUGGUGAUGGAAAGGUAAACUAUGUGAUUCGUGGAUAGCGCAGUUUAUGUAGGGAUAAGGCGUAGCUUUGCAAGACUAAGCCAAUUUUCUAUGCUGACAUGGAUAUCUUGUCUGAAGAUUUCUAAAGAAGAUCUUAG